AUCCUGGGAGGACUAGCUUGAACUUUAAACACAAAUUCUUUUGACCUCAUAGAGCAAGCUUUCAGUUUCCCAGAAGAGAAAGCGAACCAGGUUUCAGUGGGUGCAAUAUGUGGUGGCUUCAGAUUUUUGCCGGGCUGUUUCUGGCUGGUGUAAUCUACUGGGUCAUUAACAGGAAGAAUAAUGAAAAAUUGGAAAUGAAAGAUGCAUGGUGGGGCCCAGGAAGUAAGUCCAGCACACGUGAGGAUGAAAGUAUCCGCCCCUUCAAGGUGGAAACCUCAGAAGAGGAGAUCAAGGACUUACACCAGAGGAUUGAUUUGACUCGAUACACACCGCCCCUGGAGGACAGCCGCUUCCAUUAUGGGUUCAACUCUAAUUACCUAAAGAAGGUGGUUUCCUAUUGGAGGAACCAGUUUGAUUGGAAGAAGCAGGUGGAGAUUCUCAACAAAUAUCCUCAUUUCAAAACCAAGAUUGAAGGGCUUGACAUCCACUUCAUCCAUGUGAAGCCCCCCAAACCACCAGCAGGCCACAAAGUAAAACCAUUGUUGAUGAUUCAUGGUUGGCCUGGCUCCUUCUACGAAUUUUACAAGAUCAUACCCCUCCUGACUGACCCCGAGAGCCAUGGCCUGAGUUAUAACCAGAUCUUUGAAGUCAUCUGCCCUUCCAUUCCUGGCUAUGGCUUCUCUGAAGCACCUCACAAGCAAGGCUUCGACAGUGUGGCUGCUGCUCAGAUCUACUGUAAGCUGAUGAAGCGCCUGGGCUUCCAAGAAUUCUUCCUCCAGGGUGGUGACUGGGGGUCUCUGAUCUGUACCAACAUAGCCCAGAUGGCGCCCUUACAGGUGAAAGGUAUCCACUUGAAUAUGUGCUUCAUUGAUUCUGGAACAUUCUCCGUCUUUGUGUCUCUUCUGUUGGGACGGUGGUUCCCAUGGCUUUUUGGCUUCCAGGAGAGGGAUUUGCAGCUGUUGUACCCUGCCAAGAAGAUCCUCCAUUACAUAUUUAGAGAAUCUGGCUACAUGCACAUCCAGGCCACCAAGCCUGAUACUGUAGGCUGUGCACUGAAUAACUGCCCUGUGGGAUUGGCUGCCUAUAUCCUGGAGAAGUUCUCCACAUGGACCAAUUCAGAAUAUCGGUACCUGGAGGAUGGAGGCCUGGACAAGAAAUUUACUUUGGAUGAUCUGCUGACCAAUAUCAUGAUCUACUGGGUGACGGGCAGCAUUGCCCCCUCACAGCGAUUCUACAAGGAGAAUUUGGGCCAAGGCGUAGGUGUACAGAAGCAUUCAAAGAUGAAGGUAUUUGUGCCUGCUGGUCUGUCCGCCUUUCCCUAUGAGCUGCUGCACUGCCCAGAAACUUGGGCUCGGAAGAAAUUCCCCUAUCUCUGCUCCUACACUCAUAUGUCCCGAGGGGGUCACUUUGCUGCUUUUGAAGAGCCUCUUCUGCUUGCAGAAGACAUCCAAAAGUUCAUAGGGACAAUAAAGGGGAAGUGAGUUUCAGAAUGAGAUACUUCCUUUUCCUCCCCAAAUGGUUCCAGUCUACCCACCUCUCUCCCCACCUUUCAUCAUCUCCCAGAUGCCCCAGACUCCCUUUCAAUACCCCCUGCCCCAAUCCAUGGCUCUGAUGUAAAUCUCCAACCAGCUUGUUCGAGAUGAUGAUAGGAGGGGAGUAUGCCAGCUCUUCCUGCCUUGAGUCCCAAGGUUGGUCCACUAGGCUGGGGAAAUUGAAUCUCAUCCUUGUGGCAUGUGCCAGAUCCUGUUAAACUCCUGUGUGUUCCAGCUACCAGAAUUGGUUUCUAGGGUGGUUGAAUCUUUCUUAAUUUGGAGGUGUGGUGCUGGUUCCCUUACCCCUUGCUAUUGGAGCUUUUAUCAGUUACUUGUUUUCUUAUAUAGUUUAUUAUGGGACAGGGCUGCCAAAUGAGUGAUUUUGCUUCCCUUCCCUCUGUAGGCUGCAGAUGGUGCAGCUCUACAUUGGUAGAGGGAGUUUGCUCAUCCUGGACAUCCCACCACGAAUAAAUCACGGUCUCUACCCUCUCUGUGUGUGCUGGGUGGAGCCCAAUACACAAAUUCCACGUUCCCUACGUCUCAAAGCUUUUCUUGGGUUCUGAGGUGGUAGAUUUGGGCUGGAUGGGCCUGUGGAAAGGAAAAUGAAUUUUCAUAAUAAAUUUUUUUUUGCUUCAUAA